AUGAUGGGUGCUUUCUGUGUUUGUGGCUCAAGCAAAAAGCCAUCCUUAAAAAAAAUUGACCAGAAAACAUCAAUAGUAUCAGAAUCAUAUAAGACUCAAUUAUCUGAUAUACCAGAAUCGACCAUAAGCAUUCAUUCAUCAGACGAAAUUCUCGAUGAUGAUUUCAGAGCUCGAAUUACUGAAGCUAUUGAUAUAUAUAUUACUUCGAUUCCUAUUGCUUAUCGAACUGAACAUGAUCGUAUUAUUAAUGAAAUGAGUCGUUCAGCACCGGAAUCUUAUCUUGGCCUUUUUUUCUCCGAGUAUCCAAACGUAAAUGGACCAACUGUGAAUGAAAUGGCACGUAGACUAGUGACAUCCAAUGAAGCUAAACAACAGUUAACUGACCGAGUCAAUGAGCAUAUACAAUCGUCAUUUGAAUUGCGAACUGAAGAUUGGAAUUCGAUCAGUCGCGAAACAGUUCGUGCAGCUGUGAAAACAUUAAUUGAAAAGCUAGUGAACGAUGCAUUUGAUCGUAUUGAACUUGCAUAG